AUGGCUUCCUCUUGUCUCUUCAAUGCCUCUGUAUCUUCCCUAAACCCUAAACAAGACCCAAUCCGCCGCCACCGCUCCUCCGCUUCUCUCCUCCGUCACCGCCCCGUCGUCGUCUCCUGUACCUCCUCCGCGAAAACCGCCGAUGGAAACAACAACUCUAACGUUCCGAUCGAGACUGCCGUCAAGCCUCGCCGUACUGAGGAUAACAUUCGUGAUGAGGCUCGUCGCCACCGUUCAACCGCCGUGAAUCCGUUUUCAGCUAGGUAUGUUCCUUUCAAUGCGGCACCUGGAUCCAACGAGUAUUACUCUCUAGACGAGAUCGUGUACCGUAGCCGCUCCGGUGGUUUGCUUGAUGUUGAGCACGAUAUGGAGGCUUUGAAGCGAUUCGAUGGUGCGUAUUGGCGAGAUCUCUUCGAUUCUCGAGUCGGUAAAAGCACAUGGCCGUAUGGAUCCGGUGUAUGGUCGAAGAAAGAGUGGGUUCUUCCCGAGAUCGAUGACGAUGAUAUCGUUUCGGCUUUUGAAGGUAACUCGAAUCUGUUCUGGGCAGAGAGGUUUGGUAAAAAGUUUCUAGAUAUGAACGAUCUGUGGGUGAAACAUUGUGGGAUUAGUCAUACCGGAAGUUUCAAGGAUCUUGGAAUGACUGUUUUGGUUAGUCAAGUUAAUCGUUUGAGAAAGAUGAAACGACCUGUGGUUGGUGUUGGAUGUGCUUCCACCGGAGAUACUUCCGCUGCUCUAUCUGCUUAUUGCGCCUCUGCCGGAAUCCCAUCGAUCGUGUUCUUACCUGCAAACAAGAUCUCAAUGGCUCAGCUUGUUCAACCGAUAGCGAACGGUGCGUUUGUUCUUAGCAUUGACACUGAUUUUGAUGGUUGUAUGAAGCUGAUUAGGGAGAUUACAGCGGAGUUGCCGAUUUACUUGGCCAAUUCGUUGAAUAGUCUGAGGUUAGAAGGGCAGAAAACUGCAGCUAUAGAGAUUCUGCAGCAGUUUGAUUGGGAAGUUCCGGAUUGGGUGAUUGUUCCUGGAGGCAACCUCGGAAACAUCUACGCUUUUUACAAAGGAUUCAAGAUGUGUCAAGAACUGGGACUUGUCGAUAGGAUUCCGAGGCUGGUCUGUGCACAAGCAGCUAAUGCUAAUCCUCUUUACUUGCACUACAAGUCUGGUUGGAAGGACUUCAAGCCCAUGACUGCAAGUACUACUUUCGCCUCUGCGAUUCAGAUCGGUGAUCCGGUAUCCAUCGAUAGAGCUGUGUACGCUCUCAAGAAGUGCAACGGCAUUGUAGAAGAAGCAACAGAGGAAGAGCUGAUGGACGCAAUGGCACAAGCGGAUUCGACAGGAAUGUUUAUCUGUCCACAUACAGGUGUGGCUCUAACCGCUCUGUUCAAGCUGAGGAAACAAGGAGUGAUUGCACCGACUGAUCGAACUGUGGUUGUGAGUACUGCUCAUGGGUUGAAGUUUACUCAGUCUAAGAUAGAUUAUCACUCGAAAGCCAUCCCUGACAUGGCUUGCAGAUUCUCCAAUCCUCCUGUUGAAGUGAAAGCAGAUUUCGGAGCUGUUAUGGAUGUUCUCAGGAAUUACUUAGGAAGUAAUACACUUAGGUCAUAA